AUGCGGGGAAGGCGUCGGCGUCGGCUCCGGGGGCCCAGCGGGUGGCUGGGCCGGCUCCUGCCCCCCGGGCUUGGACUCGGUCUGGGUCUCUUCUUCCUGUUGCUGGGAGGCGGCGAGGCGGCUCCACUUCCGCAAGCAGGUGCAGGCCUGUUCACAGGAGUCUGGAAAGCGGAAGUGAAAAAGAGCUUCAACUUUUCUGCGGUUUUUGUAGCUGCUGUUGUGGUUGCUUGUGGUGAAAGAUUACGGAACGCUUUUGAGACCCUAAAUGGGGCGGCAGCAGCAGUAGAAGUACCCUUCUCAUUGGUGAUUUUUUCUGCCUGUAUCCUUGUAGUCCUGGUAUUACUGGUUGUGAACUGUGUAUCCUGUUGUAAAGAUCAAGAGAUCAACUUCAAGGAAUUUGAGGACAAUUUUGACGAUGAAAUAGACUUUACGCCACCGGCAGAAGAUACCCCAUCUAUUCAGUCUCCAGCAGAAGUCUUUACACUUACAGUUCCCAGUGUUUCUUUACCAGCUCCAUCACAGUUCCAGCUUCCUACAGAAGGACUGAAAUCUCAAGUUGCUCGUCAGAAUCUUAACUAUAUCCAAGAAAUUGGAAACGGCUGGUUUGGAAAGGUUCUGCUUGGGGAGGUUUACACAGGCACCAGUGUGGCAAGAGUGGUCGUGAAGGAAUUAAAAGCGAGUGCCACUCCCAAGGAACAAGAUCGGUUUUUGAGGCAUGGAGAACCUUAUUUAAUUCUUCAGCAUCCAAACGUCCUCCAAUGUACUGGGCAGUGUGUGGAAGCCAUUCCUUAUCUUUUGGUUUUUGAAUUUUGUGACUUGGGUGACCUGAAAAUGUAUCUUUGCAACGAACAGGAGAACAUUAAAGGGGACUCUCAAAUAAUGCUACUGCAGAGGAUGGCGUGUGAGAUUGCUGCUGGACUUGCCGUAAUGCAUAAGCAUAAUUUUGUGCAUGGUGAUUUAGCCUUAAGGAAUUGCUUCCUUACAUCUGAUUUAAACGUAAAAGUUGGAGACUAUGGAAUAGGAUUCAGUAGGUACAAGGAAGAUUAUAUUGAAACAGAUGAAAAGAAGCUUGUGCCUCUUCGAUGGAUUGCACCAGAGUUGGUGACGAGCUUUCAGGACAGGCUGUUAACAGCCGAGCAAACAAAGUACAGUAACAUCUGGUCACUGGGUGUAACGCUAUGGGAGCUUUUCAGCAGUGCUGCAAGGCCUUACCCUGAUUUAUCGGAUGAUGAGGUCCUGAUGCAGGUCAUAAAAGAAAAACGGACCAAGCUCUUGGAGCCCUGCCUUGAACAGCCGUGUUCUGAUCGAUGGUAUGAAGUUCUCCAGUUCUGUUGGUUGCCUCCAGACAAGAGAGCAACAGCAGAAGAAGUACGUAAGCUUCUAACCUAUCUCCGUAUGCAGAGUCAAAGGGAUUCAGUGAUUGAUCCCGAACAGUGGGAUGAUCUCAAGCCCAAUACUUCAAACAGGGAACUCUUGGAUGACUCCGCCUUUCCAAUUCUGGAUCAUUUCACGGGCAACAGGUUUGGCCGCGAGAUGGAAGAAGUCCUCACGGUAACCGAAACAAGUAGGGGGCUCAACUUUGAAUACAUCUGGGAGGCAGCCAAACACGACCACUUUGAAGGCGGCCAGGCCAGUCCUGAUGAAGGGAUGACUUACACGAAUAUCUUCUUCCCAGUGGAGGUGUUUGAGAAUACGCUUACAGAGCAAGGGGCUGGAGCUCAGGAUGAAAGUGGGCAGGAAGUUUCGCUUUGCGUACCUGGGCAACUUCCUGUAUUCAAUGCCCAUAAACCGUCUGUUGGAAACGAUUAUUACAUCCAGUUAGAAGAGAAGCGCGGAGGCAGGGAUGUCAACUUCGAUAGCCAGGCUGCCAUAUUGACGACGGAAGUGGACAGCCAUGAAGUUCCAAAGGACAAAAACUCUCGCUUCCAGGUCCUUGGGGAUUAUGCUGCUGAAUCUUCUACAGAUGGGGACUUUUUCUGUUACAAUACAGAACCCGAGGCAGAGGGCUUGCAAGUCACUGGCCCUGACAGCCCUUUCCAAAGUAGAUUUAGCGAUAUUGCCGGAACAGAACCAUUGACAAAUACAAAAAAUAGAUUUGAGUUAGCUGAUAUAAAUGAUAUUCAUGUGGAGUUUGAAGCAGUUUCAUAUUCAGAUCUAGAGGAAUCUAUAGUGGAUCAGCCCAAGAAAGGAAGUCCCAGACACACCUCUGAAAAUGAGGCUGUUUACUCGCACGAGGAUAUCACGCAGCAAGCUGAUCCUAGCCUCCUGACUUCAGAAGAGCUGUGCAAUAACUUUCUUUUCCUUCAAGAGAAGAAUUUAUUAAAAGGCUCACUGGGUAAUAAAGCUGGUGGGGGUGAUCUCAACGGAGCAUCCGACAGCAGAAAUAUGCUAGAAUCACCAAAUAUGGAAUUUCUAGGGGUGGAACAUAAAAUGGCUGGAAAUACUGCAGUUCGUAAAGAUGAGCGUUUUGUUCAAAUAGGUACAAAUAACAUGAGUAUUUUGGCCCUGGAUCUUGUGCAAAGUCAAAUUCCUUCUAGCGCACCUGUGAUGGAUAAGCAGCACGUAUCCUUUUUAUCAAGAGCUGAAAGAAACCUUUCCAAAGUAGGAGUUGAUGAUAACUCUGCCCGCAGUAUUGAUUACUCCUAUCUUGGAAUGGAUCAAGUCCCUGAAGCCGGCUUGACUGAAACACUUUCUCCAAAUGCCAAAAGCCAAGCUGAUGGAUCUAGCCCAUGUCAUAGCAUUGCACUCCACACUCAAGAGAGAGAACAAAAGCGAAACAACCAGGAACUUAAAUAUAACGGUGGUGGUUGUGGGGAGCUGAUCCAUGACUUGGAGAAUAAGCAGUCUGAAUUAGAACGAGAUGGUGCAUAUCUUCUGGAGCAAGACGAUGAAACUUUGGCUCAGGUUCAAAAAUGUAACACAGAGGCUCUCGUUAAAGACGUUGCGAUUCCAUCUGUCCUUCCUUCAGACCGAACAAGUCAUGACAGUCUACUAGAAGACAGUUUGUCAACUCCCAUGCAGAGCAUGGGGCAAUCUGUAGAUACACCAGACUCAUUAGAUUCGUUAGAUGUUAAUGAGGUCUUAGAGUCUUUAGUGGGUCAGGGUCCCCAGAAACCUUUGCCACCCGAUAAACCUGCUGACAGUGGCUACGAAACUGAAAACCUUGAGUCUCCUGAAUGGACGUCACACCUAAUUGUCAGCAACUCCAGUGAAGACACUGCUUUGUCUAGUGCGGCUGGUGAUAAUCUGUUGCAUGAUAAUCCUGUGAUCAUUGUGUCAUCAGAUGUAAAUACUGACUCGGAUACAACUAAUGUCAUGGACGGAUUUGAAGCCGUAUCUAAGACUACUUUUGGUGGCAUCCAGAAUUCGUACAGGGAUUCUGCCUAUUUUUCUGAUAACGAUUCUGAACUAGACAAGAAAUCUGAAGUUGUAAACACGGCAGCCGAACCAAAGGAACUAUCAGAGGAUGGCACUUGUGGUGACUAUUUUGAAAUGGAAAAGAACGGAAAUGCAGAAAAUCGGGCAGAUGGCAAUCAGGUAGCAGGUGAUCAAUUCACUAACGAUUCCAGUUCAUGUCUGGAAUUGGACAGGAGGCUAGAGGGGCAUGGGACAGAUGAAGCAAAGCAGGACCGUCUUCAUAAAGGUGGCGAUGCAACUUUAUUGCUACCUAUGGUCGAUCCUGAGCCUACUGAUGAUGAAGUUGAAACCUACGAGGAUUCCCCCAGAAGUGUGUCUUGCACAGGCACCAAUACAGCAGACCUUCUUCCCGAGAGAGAUUUAAAGCACACGCCUAACUUGUACGGCCCUGAUGAAAUCUUUGAAAAAUCCUUAUUGUGCCACCUGGAAGGUCACAAGUUGAAAGAGCCAGACGUUGAAGGUAAAUACCUUCGUAAACUCGAUGCUUCUGGCACGCUUGAUCUGUCGUUGGAUGGAGAGGAUGCUGACGAAGAAGAUGAAAACAGUGAGGAUUCUGAGGACGAUAUGAGAACUUUCCAUCUUCAUGGGCUUAGUUCUGACAGUGACGAGGAAAUUGUGCAUCAAAUACCAAUCAUUCUUACUGAUCGGGACGAUGGCAAACAUCUAAAGAGCUUGCUAAAGCAUCCAAAGCAACUGGGGCAGAACAACCCUCCCGAAAGCUUUCUGAAGAACGAGAGAAAAGCAGUAACGUUCUUUGAUGACGUCACCGUCUAUCUUUUUGAUCAGGAAACACCAACCAAAGAGCUCGGAAAUCGUACUGCAGAAUCGAACCACUCAGACUCUAACAAUACUCCCGCUCCUGCUUCAGGCCUUGGUUACUUGAAUAAAUUUACAAAUUCGGAAAGCUCUACAGAUGAAGAAGGUGGCGGUUUCGAAUGGGACGAUGACUUCUCUUCCCCGGAGCCUUCUUUUAUAUCAAAGGCAGCAAACAGUUUCAUUAGCUCCAAGCCUUCUCUUCAGACCUCCAAAUACUUCUCUCCACCGCCGCUGCCUCGAAGCCCCGAACAAAACUGGUCCCGUCCAUUACCUUACUCCCGAUUCUCUAUCUCUCCGGCGAACAUCGCAAGCUUCUCGCUCACUCACCUGACGGAUUCUGACAUCGAACAAGGAGGCAACAGUGAAGAUGGAGAGAAAGACUGAGCGGCUGAAGCUUCUCUGAAUACUCAGUGAUGCUUGUCAGGACUCCUCUGCUUUUUACUCAGCUGCAUCUGAAAAUAAGGCAGGUGUGCCGAAAUCCAGUAACCAAGCGGUUGACCGACAUCGAAGGCAACGUUUGAUCAAGACGUGAACGUGAAGGUGGACCUUACUACUUCAUAAGUGUUCUGUUCUUUGGAAACCGGUGCAUUUUACAUUUCCUUUUUUAAAAAUACAUAUAUAUUCUGUGCUUAGCUUUCUCCUCCUCUCUUUCUUCCCCUUCCGCCCCAAAACCCGGUACUUGAAGUAUCCUCCAGGCAAUUUGUAACAAUAUGUAAAAUGGUUAUGUUCUGGUUUCUAUAUAGGAUUGUAUCAUACAUACUCUUUUGUAUUCAUGUAUUAUCGAUAUAUGAACAUGUAAAAUUGUACAUAGCUUGAGCAGAAGGUUGCUGUCACUUGAAAUGGCCUGGCUGAGAGCUGUUGUGUAGUAAGCCAUAUUUUGAAGUCUUCACCCAUUGCUUAGCUGCAGAUGCACUAUUGGCUAUCCUUCCCAGGUCCCCCCGCGUUGUACAAAGCCAUCCUUCUUCGCUCUUUGAUUGAUAGAAGUUGUCGCUUCGGCCUGUCGAACCGGUUCGCUUCGUACUCCUGCAUCCCUUUCCGCGCAAAGCACUUGUCUUCCUUUCUUUUCUUUUUUCUUUUUAACAAAAUUACUAAUUUUUGGAACUUUAUGUGCUAUUCAUGUUUCUAAAGGGGCGAUUCAGUCUAUCCGUUUGCAGUAAAGUUGGUUGAUGAAUCAACUUUUUAGUUUUAGAUGGCUAAAAACUGGUGGUAGUGGUGUCAUAGGAUUUUUUUCCAGGAGGAGUCUGAAAGAUUCUGGGAUCGUGUGUGUGUGUAUGUCGAUGAUAUUAGUUACCGGGUAACUUCUAGUAUUGCUCAUCUCAUCUUCAGGGAUCUGUCAGCAUUUCUAUAGAGGCUGUCUAAUAGGGGAUGUGUUAACUCAUGCGGUUGCUCUUAAUCUUUCUUUCGAAGUCAGGUAUCUGUGAAGAAGCAGCUUUAAUAAAAGUAGAUUCACUGGGGUCUAUCUGGGGUUCUCUGGAUCUCAAACAUUUGCAUGCGACACAACAAUCUUCAAUGUAGAUUUGGAUCUUCCAUGCUUCCUGUAGUCAGAGUGUCCUGUAGGUCAGCCUUCCCUUCCCUGGCGUCCUCUGGGAUGUGUUGGAAUACCACUCCCAUCACCUCCAUGGCAAUGAUGGAUGUUGUAGCCCAACCCAUCUGGAGACACCCCCCCCCCCAUUAAGGAAGGCUGCUAUAGAGUCCCUCACCCACCCACCCAUUUGCUGCUGGAGAGAAUGGUCCUAAAAUUAAUGGUUCAGUUACGUUAAGGAUGCUACUAGGAACUUAAGGGCUAACAGGCAGUACUUGGUUAGACCCAGAUCCUCCAGGGCAUUUUUAAAAGGCUUUUCUAGAGCUUCUUGCUCCUGAUGGAGACUUUCUGAGCAUGGCGAACGCAGCUUUGAUAUAACACAUAGAAUAUGUGCAUGCAUGCGCGUAUACCGCCCUCAGUAAAACGUGUAUAUCUUCAUUUACCUCACUCCAAAAACGAACAUGUAAUGUAUAUUUUUCAGCCACAGCUUUGGCAGAAAGAGAGGAUUUAAAAAAAAUAAUACUCUGGGGUGUUCUUUAAAAAAAACAAUCUAGCUGACCUGCACAGGCUUCCGCUGUGGGUCUGAGAAAGAACAUCCGGAAAUGAUGUGAACGUCGGUAGGUUUUAAAACCCUCUUACUGAAGAAUGUAUGAAAGUGUUGGUCUCCCGUCUCCCCCUCCCCCCGGUUCUUCACCCUUCUCCUCCGGUCAGGCUGGAUCUUGUCAGCCACAUGGCUGGCAGAAACUGGCAUGCAUUCCGAUUCCCAACGAUAGAGCCCCAAUCCGCAAGGAACUCAGCUUUAAAAGAACGUCGCUUGAGAAUCGUGUUGCUUUGUACGCUCGCCUGCCACGUGCCCCUCCUGUGCCAACUUGCCUUGUAACGCGAUCCGCCUCGUUCGCCGAACCCCCUUGCGUUUUUGCAAGAGCGAGCGAGCGUUGGUGCGUGCUUGAAUUGGCUUUUAUAAUGCAAACGGCAGCCUUGGGCCCAUUUGAAAUUGCCGCUUGGUCCUUCGACAGAUUUCUGGCUGAAGGUGGGAGCCAUUCCAGGUUGGGUCAGGUUCCUCCAUCUGUUUCCAGCUCUUUCAUCACUGGGUGAUUUUAAAAGCAGAAGGGAAGCUCAAAUGAGAGCCUUGAACUUGCUAUGCUGAGAUUGCAACGAGAUGUGGAGUUGUAUGGCAGGAAGCGUUAGGCCUUGGACCUUGUAGUUCAUGAGCUUGAACAUGGUUUAUGUCAGCCUUCCCAAACGUGGUGCCCUCCAGAUGUAUUGGAUUACAGCUCCCAGCAUCCCCCAACUAGCUAUGCUGGGGAUGUUGGGAGUUGUAGUCCAACACAUCUGGAGCUACCACCAGGUUGGGGGAAGCUGGUUUAUGUUACAAGGAUUAAGUGAAGCAAGUAUGUUGGUAUUCCCCUUCGCUUUUGUUUAACCUCUUAAGCGUGGAAACUUUGACUAGCCUCAUCCCAGCGACGUACAUGGGUUCUCCAUGCCAGGAUUUUCUCCAGGGGCUUGAAGCUUUGCCCCGGCCCUCUUUCCGAAGUACCUGUGCUGCACAAUCCCAUGUUACGGAUGAAAGCUCAAUGGCUAUAUCCCAGCCAUUUAGAUGCUGCAGCUCACAACGAGGCGUUCGGACUUUUGGAGCGUUCUGAAAACGCUUCUUGCAAUGGAUUCAUGCGGCUGGCGCCAGUCAGUGAGAUGGUUUUUUAUUUUCCAAUCUCCGUGACUAGAAUCGAACAUAAGUUUGACUCUUUGGGCCAUCACAUGAAUGGCAAACCCAUGACUUUUUGAGGCCUCUCUGGUGAGAACCCGUUAUCUGUUUCAUUGGCAAGGUAGAGUACCGAAUUACCUCUUGCUCUACACCAUGAAAACGAGAUACGCUCCCACAGUGGGCGAGGGGUUGGCGUGGGCGUGGGCCGCCUCUGGCUACCAAAGCUUUUAAAACGCUCGGCUCCAAACUUAGCUUUGCUUUAGCUGAAAUCGUGGACUUUUAACGUUCACAAAUCUAGGCCAGCUGUUCAAAUUUCCUAACGUUUCCUUGAAGACGGACUUCCUACCUUUUAAAGCCUCUUAUUGUACGGUCCAUGACCUGACGCCUGUAUUCUUUUGCACUAUAGUUACCCGGGUGAAAGUUGGAUGUCUCGUGGGGAAUCUGUGUGAGUUAGCAGCCAAGGUGGUGUUGGUUGUCGUUCAGCUUCUCCAGGACUGGGAAGACCUCUGUGUUCAUAACUAAGGAAAGCCGCUCCUAAGUCUAGACGUCGCUAUGAGGGAAUCUUAUUCUAGCCAUUGCGGCUGCUACCUGGGCUUAGGGGUGGCUUCUUUUCUCUUGGUUCCUCUUCCUUUUGCACUUUAACAGCUGCGCGAUAGGUAGAGAUCUAGCCGGCGCAUUCUCUCCGCCCUCCCAGGAGAGGGAGGAAUUGCUUGGAAAAUAACUUCACAUGGUAAAGUUCUGGCUAUCAUGAAAGCACCAGAGCUUUGCCCAAAAGUUCCGGUAGACCAGGCCGUCUGUCAUUAUUGCUUUUGAGGAACAUCUGUGCUGCACAAAGGCAGGGAAGACGGUUACGGAGGGACUGAACCAGGGCUUUGCAGUCCUAUAAAUCCAGAUGUUGCAGUUGUGCCAGUUCCCUGUAAUGGGGAUGGUGAGGUGGGGAGUGGAUGGGAAGAGGGAGGUGUCGUAAGGCAAAACAGGACUUUUCUGCCUCCUCCUGUUGUACAGAAUGAUGCUUGAACUGCCCCAUUUGCAGCGGAGAGAGAAAGAAAUUCAUAGUUUCAGGCUGAAAUUACAUAGUUUAGAAGGGAAAAACUAGGUGAGGGGAGGGCUCAUGAGCCUUUUCUAAACUGGGGCCGUCCUUUGCUGGCUGGGGCUUGGGAAAUGAGUUUUGUAGUCCAGCACCAGACUGGGGAAGGCUGGUGUCACAUUUGUAACGAGAAGCUGAACAAAACGAGGAGGCUUUUAAACACUACAUUUUCCAGGUUUGUUUGCACAUACGCGAGAAGGUAAAAGCCGCCACUUCCUUGGGAAAUGAACUGAUUCUUUUUUCUUUAUUUUUUAAAUCGGUGGCUAAGCACUGAUGAGAGCCAUUCAUGCCUACUUUUUUUUAAAAAAUCAUCAGUAUUUUAGAUUGACUUGUACACAGUUCUGAUUAAUGUUAUUUUUAUUAUUUCGAGAGCCAGCUUGUUUAGACAUUUUUAGAGGAGAGGAACAAACAUUCAGGUGAAACUUCAUUGGCGGCAAAAAUGGCUAUUUGGAUUGGAAGGUGGAAUUGGAAACAUACUGGUCUUAUAAGAAAAUAGCCUUAUAAAUAAGAAUGGCUCGCAAAAAAGAAGUUAACGUCAGCUUUAAGUUGUAUAAAAUAUCCUUUUUAAAAAUCAAGUCUUUACGGGGUAAUUGUAGAGGAGACAAGUACAAGAGAAUGCAGAUAAAUAUAAGUGUUGUGUACCACCAGCCUGGUUUUUAUUUUAUUUUAUUUUCAAAUGAAACUUGAAUGAAUUUAAGAUGUUCAGUUCCGUUUAAUGAUCUUGCACAGUGGUAGGUGUAACCUAAUGGUAAAUGGUACCAGUUGAUGUGUAUAUAUAUAAUGUUUUACUCUCUUUGUAAAUGAGGAAAAUUUAUGUAACAGAAUCAUAGGGGAAAGGUUUUCCUAAUUGGAAUUUAAUACAGGUCUGAUGUUUAUGGCAAUAUGCUAGUUAAUGAAAUUUCAGGUCGAAUUUGUCUUUAAACUGUAAAUUUUAAAGAACUGUAAUAUUUCUACUGUACAUUGAUCAUGCCUAGUGUGAUUCAAGACUGCUUGUAAUUUAAAGAACCUUAUUUAAUAUUCGAAAUAAAAUAAAGGUAUAUAUUUAUAAAA